CAUCCCUAUUUGCGCAUGCUGUGGGUGUUGAAGCAGCGGCCAGAAGGCAAAAGCUUCCGUCUAAAUAGCCAUUUUCUAAAAAUUUAUUCUUCUUGUGAUAUUUUUUUAAAAACUUAUCUUUAAUGUCAGAGCCACAGUCAGCUCUUUUACUACGGAAGCAAUUGGCAGAACUGAACAAGAAUCCUGUAGAAGGGUUCUCAGCCGGUUUGAUAGAUGACAAUGAUAUCUACAGAUGGGAGGUUCUCAUCAUUGGCCCUCCUGACACAUUAUAUGAAGGAGGAUUUUUCAAAGCUCAUUUACUAUUCCCUAAAGAGUAUCCACUUCGGCCUCCAAAAAUGAAAUUCAUGACAGAAAUCUGGCAUCCUAACAUUGACAGGAAUGGCGAAGUUUGUAUAUCGAUACUUCACGAGCCUGGUGACGAUAAGUGGGGUUAUGAGCAAGCAUCUGAGCGAUGGUUACCUGUUCAUACAGUAGAGACAAUUCUAAUCUCAGUGAUAUCAAUGCUAGCUGAUCCAAACGAUGAAAGUCCCGCUAAUGUGGAUGCUGCUAAAGAAUGGAGAGAGAACUACACAGACUUUAAGCGAAAAGUUGCCCGAUGUGUUAGGAAAAGUCAAGAGGAGUGUUUGUAGGACAAACGAAGAUGUUAUGUGAAAGCCUUUGAGAACUUGGUCCAUGCCUGUAAAAAGUAAUUGAGCAGUUAUACUUAUGGUGGUAAUUCUGAAUUCUCUGGACAUUACAACAGAUUGAGGACACGUUUGUGGUGGCUUUUAGGUCAAGUUUAUUUUAUGUAAAUUUUAGAGAUAUUUACCUCGAACUUUUUCAUUAAUCAACGAUUUGUAAAAUGUAAACGACUGGAUGGUAUGUUUAUGUGUGAGUGAUUUAAAGUAUGUUACUCUGAUAACGGUACGUAUUCGUAUUUAUCGGAAUUAUGUAAUGAGUGAUAAUAGAUGAUAAAAAGAAUAGGACAUCGAUUGUUGUCAAUACCACUAUUCAAAACCAAUCAGGUGAAAUGGAAUUCAUGAAAAAUUUAUUUCCUGUUUCGUAAAGAAUAAGUAUCAAUACAGCUGAAUUUGUGGCAGGUGAUGCCAUAAAUUAUUUUUCAAUAAGUAUAGUGUUAUUGACAUCAAUUUCUUAUUCUUUUAAUUAAUUGUAAUUUAAAUUAUUUUUGAAUAAAUACAAAUCAGUGUAUUAACAAUGUAUCAUCAAUGUAUUAUUGUUUUAAAUAUGGAGAAAUAUCACAACAUCUCUUCCCAUAAAAUCAAAUUACGAUGGUUUUGAAUGAAUUAUAAUCAUAUUUUUAUAACUGUAAAUUUUUAGACGUACAAGGUACAUCGUUUACCAGACUUCAUUCACUUUUGUACUUCCAUGUUAUUUAUUAGCUUCAAUAGUUUUGGAAUUAUUUUGUCCACAUUGUUAAAAUAGUUAAACUCACUGUACCGUUUCUCACUUCCUGAUUAUUGUCGAUGUCGAUUUUGUGGUAGUUAUCCAUACUGAAUAAGAGGAUUAAAUUAAUAUUGUCAUAUCACAGAUUUAUUAAAAAUAUAGAUGCCGGUUUCGGUUGCUACACCAUUACACCAUAACUCAGCGAUUGGUUUACCAGAGAUUGAUAAUGGUCUAAUAAGUCUAAUUGAUAAUGGUGAUAAUAAGUCUGUUGUUGGACUAUAUCUAGUAUUUUUAUUCAGUCACUGUAAUAUAUCAAUAGUACUUUACUCCUAUAUUAGUUUUUAGCUUGAAUAAUUCUACAAUCAAUAUUCAUGGAUAGGGAGGCUCAAUUAAUUAUGCUCUAUUAAUAGUUUUGAUUCCUUAUUUAUAUUCUUUGAUGAAAAGGUGAUAUACUAUACUAAGAUUGGCUCUGAGUGGCGUCAUAUAGUUGAGAUUUUAUAAAAAAAUCUUCUUUGAUUGGAUAAGUUUGUUGCAUCACGAUAAUAAUUUUAUGGUCAUUCAUUGAAUGCGUUACUGAAAUGGCUGUUUGGUUAACAAUUCUAUCUUAAAUUAUUAUUGUGCUUGCCAAUUCAUUCCUUUAUUAUAUCUAUAAAUGAAUGUCUGUAUGUGUGUUUGUUUCGUAUAGACUUGAAAAUUACUUGACAGAACGGCAUGAAACUUUGGGAAUAUGUUGUGUGAAUAUUGGGGAUGGUUUCUGACCAAAAAUUUUAAUAGGGGGGCUAAUAGUAAUUAUUUAUUAAUCCAUUUUACAGACCUAUGUUUUCGUACUUGCCGGCCAAGUGGCUACCGAAGAACGGAAAGAUGAUCAUGAUUCAAGAUCAUGUUGUGAUAAUAUGAUUUCUAAAGUUACCAGCUGUAAUAAACAGGUCACCCGUGCUUAAUAGAGUAGUUUGGAGUUGAAGUGUAGUUGAUUGGUACCAGCUGUAGAUAAUGGCUCCUUAGAAGACCUAUACAAAUAACAUUAUCAGUCCCCUCUAUCAUUGAAUCUGGAAAAUGUUGGAAAAAUCUAUCAUCCCAUGAAAAAGAGUUGUUCAUAUUGCAUUCAUCAAUUACUGAAUAAUUUACUAUUUUUUUCAAUUUAGCUUAGCUGAUAUUCAUCCUAAAAUGGAAGAUGGAAAGAAUAUGGAAUUCAGUGUGAUUCAUCAUAUAUCAUAUAUUCCUGGACCAUCUAUUGACAAUCAACAACUAUGAACGCUUUAAAUUCAUAUUUGAAACACUGAUUUAACCUAUCUAUCUUUUUUAAUUGAACACUAAUAGAUAUUACUACCAAUUGAUUGAGAAGAAUAUGUUUUCGGAAUAAUAAAUGCUGCAUGACUAAACACAUAGGAAGUCCAUAUUGAGAUGUAAAUGAAAAUAUUGAUUGUCAGAUAAAUUUCAUGAUUCACCAAAUAAAGUCAAGUACGACAUGAGAUACAUUGACUUUUUGGCGGUACGAUGUUUGCCGAGUCAGCUAGUUAUAGAUAAUAAUAUCUCCUAAAAUAUUGUAGAUAAUGUUAGUAUAAAUAUUCAUUCACCUUCUCAGUCACAAAUCAUACUUCAACAGUCAAAGAAUAUUAUCAUGUAUAUGAUAUUAUCUACUUUAUUAAAUUUCUUAUUUAAUUAUAUUAUUAAGACGUUUAUAGUCGAAUUUCGAGUAUAGAGUUUUGGAAUCUGAAGACUAGAAGAUACGAGUUGAAGACUGAGGACAAACCGCUCCAUAGUUUACUAUUAUCUCAAGUGUAUGAUUAUUUUUAUUUUAUUCAAAUCCCCCCCCGUCCGUUAUUUGUCCCAUUUCCCGUUCCUGGGACCGCCAUUGCCGAUAUCCGAUUUCGCGGUGACAAAAUCUUAUAUGUUCGGGGUUUGGAAGACAGGAAAUCUGGUGUGGCGAUCACACAACUUUCCUUGCCGUUAUGAAAAUUGAUCACCUGAAGCUAGUGUUCACGCGCAUCUCAAGUCUACUAUUCAAAGAUCUGAGCCAGCUGGUGACAGGACAAUAACGCUGGAGACACACGAGGUCUGCUAUCUUUUCAUAGUGAAUGAUUUAAUAGAAUCGACAGUUGCCAACAGUUUGCAAUUGAAUAAUCAAUUAAUGUUUAGUGAAAAUGCCACUAAACAUUAAUUGUAGAGAUUUUCAUGCUCAAUCUUUUCCACUUGAAAUUUUUGUUUAAAUUAUAUCUGAAGCCAGAUAAUUGGGAAUCUAAAAUCAAACUUUGCAUAGAUGAGGCGGAGCUCCUGAAAUUUUUACAGAUAUGGGACUUGUGGCAGUUGAUAGAGCUUAUCGAUGACUAUUUAAGGUAUAAAUUUAAUCAAAAUCGUUGGAGCCGUUUUCGAGAAAAUCACGAAAACCCCUGUUUUUGACAACAUUUCAGCCUCCAUCUUGCAUUGCAUUUGAUCAAAAUUGUUCGUGUUGGAUCCUUAUAUUGUAAGCACCUUAAGUUCCAAAUUUCAAGUCAUUCCGUUAAUUAGGAGAUGAGAUAUCGUACACAUACACACAUAUACAGACCAAUACCAUAGAGAAACGAUAGCAUAGUAGAUAUCCCAUGGUAUAGGGCGUUUAUGUCGCAAGUUUUACUGUUAUCCCAUGUCGAUAGUUCACAUAAUUCUUUCCUAUGCAGCUAUGUGACGCUGGUAGUUUCUCAAAUUGUGCCGUUCAUACACUAUCGCCCCAACAAAACAGUAAAAAUUGACAAUAAUCGACAGUAAUCGGCUUGAGAUAACAGUAAAAGUUGCGACAUAAAUUCCCUAUGCCAUGGGAUAUCUACUUACGCUAAUGUUUCUCUAUGCCAAUACCUAAAAACCACUUUUUUGGACUCAGAGGACCUUGAAACGUAUAGAACUUUAAAAAUUGGGGUACCUUAAUUUUUUCGGAGAGCAAUACUUCCCUUACCUAUGGUAAUAGGGCAAGGAGAGUAAAAAUGAGGCCGAAACCAAAAAGGAAAUUGAAGGCAUCUGUAACAUAUGUUUGUAUUACAAUGAUAUGGGGAUUCUAUUGUUGUGUUUGUUAAUUCUUAUGCCUUAUUCCUCGAUAAACUUACGAGUAGUUGCAAUAACGGAACAGAUAUUUCGAAUUCAAACCCCCCCCCUUGGAAGCUUCACUGUUGAUAUCCUUCAUUCGUGGUAACAAAAUCGUAAACGAUAUGUUCGGGAGUUGGAAAUCACAAAAAUAAGGUCGAAAUCGAGGAGGAAAUUGAAGGCAUCGAUAAUAUACGAGAUAUAAUAUAUAAUAAUAGAUAUAUAAUAUCAUAAUAUUGGGAAUACUCCCAUUUGAUAGGUGAUUUGUCAAGCCUAGGUGAAUUUCAAGCCUAAUAGCCCCAUAGGUGAAUUUCAAGCCUAAAUAAUACCAAUCGGGCUUAUACCUAGGGUUGUCCACUUUUAUAACUUUCUUUGUUAUUUUGUAUUAUAUUUGUUUGUGAAAUAAAUGAAUUGAUUGAUUGAAAAGAAAUACUUUUUAAAAUAUUUUUUGGGGGGAUCUACUUCCAUUAGUUGCUCCACAAAUUAUCAUUCAUAAUUGAGAAUAAUAUUGUAUGUAUCAAUGUAUAAAUAAAAGCAGUUCAACUUUGACCUUGGGGCUGAGGUCGUUGUGGAGAUACCAUACCCAUAACUGGAACGUUGUAUAAUCGAGGCGAGGGGAUUUUUCAAAUCAAAGGAGACAUAUUUAUCAAAUCUGACUAUCUCGUCUGCUUCUGAGCCAUCAAUUGAGAAAAAAAUGUUUAUUCAAAUAUCAUACUUCGUUGUUUAACUCCACAGUUGAUCUGCUGUUGUUUGAAUCAAAAAUUGAAUUGAAUAAUUGAUAUUAUGAGAUAAGCUUUAUCAAUAAUUUUAUUUUUGAAUUUAUAAUAGUAGGAGGAGCAUGUUGAGACAAUAAAUUGUAUGGUCUGGAUAAUUGUAAGCAGGUUUCUAUUUAUGUAUGCCAAACUGUUUCUUGCUUGGCAAAUUUUUAAAAUAAUAUGCUUCCUUUUAUAGUAGCCUAUACAUAAAGAGAGCUGGUAAAUAAUUCACUCUCGUAAAUGAUCUAUUUUGAAAAUGAUCCAACUACUGUAUUUUUAUCAUCAAUUCACAGUAUGAUAUUGAGUAUUUGUAUAGACUAUGUUAUGUUCAUGGAGUGUAAAGAUGGCAGUGAUUGAUGAAUAAAAUAACAUUUGUAAUGAUUAUUUUUUAUUCGGUAAAUGCAAAAGAGUAGAUUGUUCAUAAUGUGAGUAGAAUUUGAUGAGCGUUAUAAAACCUGUACAGUUUUGAACGAAACACAAUAAACACUUUUUCUUGUUCUUAAUAAUAA